GAGACUGGGUCUCCCUAAAUCGCCUAUGCUGGCCUCGAACUCGCGUUCCUUCUACCCCAGCAUUCCGAGGGUUGCGAUUAUAGGCGUGCGCCCGCCUUCGGCUGUUUUUAACUCUCCGUUUGGUACAGGUCACUCACACACACAGUUUCCCGGAAGUAUGCUUCAGGCAGACACACUAAACGUUCAGGUAACGCCAAGGAUUGGAGGCUCCCCGGGCAGAACGGCUGGAGUUUUCUUCAGGACAUCUCAAACCGUGCCGCUUGCAGAGGCGCGCCCCACAGCCCAGCUCCCAAACUCCAUCCUCCGCGCACCUCAGGCUCCUAGGCAGCAGGAGGAAGGGGCGUGGCGCGGGAACUCCGGCGUGACGUCACGUGACGUCGAAGGCUCCCGGGCGGGCGGGUCCGGCCGCCUCCACGCCGGCCGGCCGCCCUCCGGCCCUUCCUCCGCCCGCGGGAAGCUCAGGCUGCCCCCGCCAAAGGUUUGGCAGUCAGCUGAAGGAAGGAGGCGAAAGUGAAGAACGGCGAGUUGCCAUCCCUGCACAGUUCCAGCAAUUGUCCGCUUCCCUGGUGGAUCUCUGGAGCAUUUGAGGGUGUCCUGGAGCCGUGAGAGGAUCUCUUUUUUCCCCCCAAGCCGGAGCGCGGGUCCUAGCGGCUACUUCCGGUGUGUGGAGCUUCGCGCUCAGCUGAGGGGUAUUUCAACCAUCCAAAGACAACUUCACAUUUGUAUAAUGUAACAGAAGAAUUCUGAAAACAUUAAGCAGAUUGACGUGCAGAGCCUAUUAAACAAAAUGAACAUCUCUGGAAGUAGUUGUGGAAGCCCUAGUUCUGCAGAUACAUCUAAUGAUUUUAAGGAACUUUGGACAAAGCUGAAAGAGUAUCAUGACAAAGAAGUACAAGGUUUACAAGUAAAAGUAACCAAACUGAAAAAGGAACGCAUUUUAGAUGCACAAAGACUGGAAGAAUUCUUCACCAAAAAUCAACAGCUGAGAGAACAACAGAAACUUCUUCAUGAAACUAUUAAAGUUUUAGAAGAUCGGUUACGAGCAGGAUUAUGUGAUCGCUGUGCCGUAACUGAAGAACAUAUGCGGAAAAAGCAGCAAGAGUUUGAAAACAUCCGACAGCAGAAUCUAAAGCUUAUUACAGAGCUGAUGAAUGAAAAGAAUACUCUUCAGGAAGAAAAUAAAAAGCUUUCUGAACAACUGCAACAGAAAAUUGAAAAUGGUCAACAGCAUCAAGCAGCUGAGCUUGAAUGUGAGGAAAAUAUUAUUCCAGAUUCACCAAUAACAGCCUUUUCAUUUUCUGGCAUUAACCGACUGCGAAGAAAGGAGAAUCUCCAUGUCCGAUAUGUAGAAAAAACAAAUACUAAAUUGGGGCAUUCUGUGUGUACAAACGAAUUAAGAAAAGUUUCCAAGGCUUCAACUCAUUUACAGCAUAGCUCUAGUGAAAAUGAAAUUCUAGUCGCUGACACUUGUGAUCAAAGCGAAGCUCCAGCAGCUAAAAUACGUGGAAUAAGCAGUUGUCCCACUGAUAAGUCAUCUUUUAAUUUAGCUACAGUUGUUGCUGAAACACUUGGACUUGGUGUUGAAGAGGAAUCUGAAUCUCAGAGUCCCAUGAGCCCUCUUGGUGAUGAGCUGUACAACUCUCUGGAAGGAGAUCACAAGAAACAAUCUUUUGAGGAAUCCAUGAGAAAUUCUGAAGAUAGUUUAAGAUUUUCAGAUUCUACUUCAAAGACUCCACCUCAAGAAUUGGCCACUCGGGUGUCAUCUCCUGUGUUUCCAUCUCCUGUGUUUGUACCUACAUCUAAUGUGAAAAGUGGUUUGGGUUUGAAUACAAGUUUGUCCCCUUCUCUUUUAAGCACUGGGAAGCAAAGCCAUCCCAAGACAAUCCCUUUCAGCAGCACUUCUACAUCUAGGUCAGAGAAAACUAGAUCAAAAUCUGAAGAUAGUGCCCUUUUCACACAUCAUAGUCUUGGGUCUGAAGUGAACAAGGGCAUUAGCCAGUCAUCUUCUAGCAAGCAGAUUCUUAAAAAUAUAAGUGAAUCCAUAAAUGAACAGGCUAUUACUGAUCGCACUAAAGAUGCUGUUACUGAUAAACAUAUAGUGUCCCUGAAAUCAUUGGGAGGCAGAACAUCCAAAAGGAAGAAAACUGAGGAUGAAAGUGAACAUGAAGUAAGCUGCCCUCAAGCUUCCUUUGAUAAAGAAAAUUCUCUUCCUUUUCCAAUGGAUAAUCAGUUUUCCAUGAAUGGGGACCACGUAAUGGACAAACCUCUGGAUCUCUCGGAUCGGUUUUCAGCUAUCCAGCGUCAAGAGAAAAGCCAAGGAAAUGAGACUUCCAAAAACAGAUUUAAGCAAGUGACUCUUUAUGAAGCUUUUAAGCCCAUUCCAAAGGGCUCUUCCUCAAGCCAUAAGGCUUUGGAUGGGAGCUGCCUGGUACCCAGAGAUUCCCCGGAGGAGUCCUGUUUACAGGAGUGCGUCCGCCAGUCUUUGCGCAAAUCCCCUCCAGACAGUAAAACACCAUUACCUAUAAAAGAAGAAAAUUCCAUCUUCAAAAUCCCUGUGCGUCCACAAGGAGAUUUGGAGACAGAGAAUCAUUUUGAUGAUAGGAAGGGUGCUGGUUCUAAUGAGCCAAUAAAAGUAAAAACCAGGUCAGUCCAUGGAGGAUGUGAACUUGCAUCAGUUCUUCAGUUAAAUCCCUGCAGAAUUGCCAAAACAAAGCCUAACAACAACCAAGAUGCAUCCUUUGAAAAUAUCCAGUGGAGUGUAGAUCCAGGAGCAGAUCUUUCUCAGUAUAAAAUGGAUAUUACUGUAAUAGAUACAAAGGAUGACAGUCAGUCAAGAUUAGGAGGAGAGACAGUAGACAUGGACUGUACUUUGGUCAGUGAAAGUUUGCUCUUAAAGGUGAAGAAACAAGAGCAAAAAGGAGAAAAAAGUCCAAAUAGAGAAAGAAAGAUGAGUGAUACCUUGGAAGAUAUGUUUGAUCGGACAACACAUGAAGAGUACGAAUCUUGUUUGGCAGACAGUUUCCCCCAGGUGGUAAAUGAGUUGGAGGAGUUACCUGCUGCCGUAAGGGGACCAACUGUACAUAAUGAUAAACAAGAUAAAGUCAAGCAGAAAGCAUUUGUGGAGCCAUAUUUUAAAGAUAAUGAGAGAGAGACUAGCUUACGAAAUUUUCCUCAUAUUGAGGUGGUUCGGAAAAAAGAAGAGAGAAGAAAAUUGCUUGGGCACACUUGUAAGGAAUGUGAAAUUUAUUACGCAGACAUGCCAGCAGAAGAAAGAGAAAAGAAGUUGGCUUCCUGCUCAAGACACCGAUUUCGCUAUAUUCCACCCAACACACCGGAGAAUUUCUGGGAAGUUGGUUUUCCUUCCACUCAGACUUGUAUGGAAAGAGGUUACAUUAAGGAAGGUCUUGACCUUUGUCCUCGUCCAAAAAGACGGCAGCCUUACAACGCAAUGUUCUCUCCUAAAGGCAAGGAGCAGAAGAUAUAGAGGCUGAAGCAGAAGGACUGAGGGCGGUUUUCCCCUUUUAGUUGUUUAUAGCUGAAGUUGUAUUAAACAGUGAUUUUUCUGAUUUUCUGUAAAUUGACGUACAAAUCAGUUUUUCUAUUAAAAAUGUUUUUAAAUGGCAUUUACUUACCACACAAAUAACUAUUUAAAAUGUGGCUGUGUUUAUACUUCCUUGCUAUUGCAUCUUUAAAACAAUAAGGUGCUUUAAUUUUGCACUCUAACUUAAGAGUUAUUUACUUUUUUGGUAAUUACAAUUUUGAAAAUA